AUGUCGUCAGAUGGCGAGAAAAUAAUACAGGUCCAGCUAUCAAACAUCGAGCGCAACUAUCGUACACUGCAGUCACAGUACAAUUGGAAACCAAUGUCGGAAACGUUUGCAAAGUUUAGAGAAAAAUUCCCACUACAAUUUGACGAUAAGGCAGGCCUAAUUCAUCGCACCGAGAGACUGAACUACAUAAAAUCUUCUCAGUCCAAACUGGCUCAGGAUGUAAAAAUACCUUUGAAACGGUACGGAUCCUCCAAUGAAAUGCGUAGUAUUGCGGAACCAGCCGAAUCGUUCAGAUUCGGACAACUUUGCAACAAAUCGGUAGAUCGUCCAAAGGGGGUUAUUUACACAAAUGCAAAAGGAUUUGCCAGGCUAGUGGAUCCCUAUCUUACCACAACCAUGAAGGAUAUUGUACCGCACGUGAAACAUCAACACGAUACGGUCACGUUUUGGAACUGGGCUGAACGAGAGGAACGCAAACGGAUUCCACAAGCAACGGAACUGCUACAACCGCGGAUGGUGAUUCCGGUGUUUAAAAGAAAGCUUAACCACGGGUUCGUGAGUGAAAUGAAGGGAAACUUCGUGAAGCCAGUCGAGUUGGAGUUUCGAUUGGAUCCCACUCUCACCCGUCCGAUUGUACUAGAUCCAACCGACCACACGGAAACGGCAACGGAAAGUUCUACGUACGGGGGCACUAAAAACUGCGCCAUGAUACUGAAACAGCGAAGAUACGAGUAA